AUGCAUAUAAAAAGAAAAACAUUAUUAAGCAUAUUUUUAUGCGUUUAUUGUGUGUUUGGAAAAGUAAGCAAAAAUGGGAACAAGUUGUUUAUUAACGUAUUUCAUAAUAACUACAAAUCCAAAUGUUCAAGUUUGCUAAAAAAAAAUACUUCUUUUAGGUGUACGAAAAAAUGCAAUCGUGAAGAACCUUGUGAAGGAAAACAUAAUGAAUGUAGUAUGCAUCUGAGAAUUUUAAAAAAAAAUGAAAAUGUAGUAAUUGAAAAUUUAAAAAAAAGAGGCAUGGAAAAAAAUAUUAUACAUGCUCAAAUAUUAAAAAAUCUGAAAGAGGAAAAAAAUAAGUUUGAAAUAUUGAGAAAUGAUCUCAGGAAUAGGAGAAAAAUUCUGUCCGAGCAGGUGAAAAAUUUGAUGUUUGCACAAAAUUCUAUAGUUCACUAUGCAACGAAGGAUAAAGAGGAAAAAAAAAAGAAUUCAUUAAUUAAUGGAAACAAUGAAAAUGAUAAGGAAUUAAACGAAUCAGAUUUAGUCAACACAUUCGGGAAAAAAGAAGAGAAUGGUUAUGAUGAUAAUCAGGAUGAACAGCCUAAUUUACGCAUCGAAGACGUGAAAAAACAGCAAAAUCUGAAAAACACAAAUUGUGAUGAAAAACAAAUUGAACAAGUGAAAAAUCAAAUAAAUGAAAUAAACGGAAAUAUUAACCUAAUCGAAACGAAGAUAUUAAAUUUGAAAUGCAAAAUAGAUGAGCAUUUAAAUAUACUACCCAACAUCUUAUUGGAUAUGGUUCCAGAUGGAAAAACGAUGAACAAGAAUAAAAUAGUUAAAACGUACAAAAUAAAAAACAUAAAAAUUGGGAAAGACAAUAAAUUUUUAGAACCACAUGAAGAUAUUUUAAAAAGAUAUGAUAAUAAUAAUAUUUUUUCUAAUAUAACAAAUAAAAUAGGGUUUGGGUAUAAUAUACUAGUAAAUAAUAUUGCAAAGUUAGAAAGGGCAUUAAUAAAUUUUAUGAUUAAUACUCAUGUAGAUAAAUUUCUAUAUACGUAUGUUAAAACUCCAGUAAUAGUUACAAAAUCUGCCUUAACAAAUACUGGACAAUUACCAAAAUUUGAAAAUGAUUUAUUUAAAAUUAAUAACAAUUAUAAAAUUUUAAAUGAAGAAGCUUAUCUAAUCCCCACUAGUGAAGUCUCCUUGUUAAAUUUAUUUAGAAAUACCAUCUUAAAUCAUGAAAAUUUACCCAUAAAACUAGUUAGUCAUUCGUCAUGUUUUAGAAUAGAAAAAAAUUUCACCUAUGGAAAAGCAUCCAAGGGGUUGUUACGUGAACAUAUUUUUGAAAAAGUCGAAUUAAUUAAUAUCAGUGAUAAAAAAACUUCUCAUAUGUUCUACAAUGAUUUGAUAAAACAAUGUGAAUAUAUUUUAAAGAAACUAAAAAUACCAUACAGAUUAGUCCUCCUGAAUUCUUUUGAAACUCCAUUUGCUGCUUCUAUAUGUUAUGAUAUAGAAGCUUGGUUACCAAGUCAAAACAGAUUUAUUGAAGUCUCUUCUUGUUCCAAUUGCCUGGAUUUCCAGUCUAGGAAAUUAAAUUUAAAAUAUAGAAAGGCUGAGAAUAAUUAUUUUUGUCAUACUAUAAAUGGGUCUGGUUUGGCCGUGGGGCGGGUCUUGGCAAUUAUAUUGGAGCAGUAUCAAAUUCAGAGAACUUCAAAGGGCGAACAAAAUCAGCUAACUAUUCCUAAGGCCUUACGAAAAUUUAUGAACGCGGCAACCAUUAAUUUGUAG